AUGGCUACAAAAAUAAUUAGGAGUAUUUUGAGAUGUAAGACGAACAACUUUAUAUUGAAACGUUGGGAAAGUUCCGAAAAGCGAGUAACUGUGUAUGACCCCUUUGUGACGAUACCAAAGAAAAAUAAGAGCUCCUAUUUAGAAGCUAUAAAAAUGUAUGAAGCUAAAACAGACUUUCGCAGAAGAGGUCACGUAGAGUUCAUUUACGCGGCUUUGGCGAGAAUGCAAGAGUUUGGCGUGCAAAAAGACUUGGACGUAUAUAAAGCGCUAGUGGAUAUAUUACCAAAGGGGAAGUUUAUACCUCAAAAUAUUUUUCAGGCUGAAUUUAUGCAUUAUCCUAAACAGCAACAGUGUACAGUAGACCUGUUAGAGCAAAUGGAAGAUAACCAUGUAAUUCCUGAUACAGAAAUGGAACAAAUGUUACUAAACAUAUUUGGGCGGCGAGGUAUACCUCUUAGGAAAUUCUGGAGGAUGAUGUACUGGAUGCCAAAGUUCAAGAACCUCAGCCCAUGGUACCUGCCUGAUGAGCUGCCCAAAGAUACUUUGGAAUUAGCUAUCUUGGCAAUACAGAGGAUUACAUCUGUUGAUGCAGAAACUAGAGUUGAUAUUUGGCAGACAGAAGAAAUAGAAGCAUCAUUAGACAAGACCUGGGUUGUCAGUGCUCAGAGUGAUGCACAAAAGGUUUUAUUAGCAGAACAACCGCUAGAAGAGCCCCUAACAGUUCGAGGACCUUUCUUCGUAUACUUAAGGGAUCAAGUUGUUAACUACUUUAUUCUCUUUGGAAAAAUAAGACCAGAACAUGUAGAUAAUAAGGAUCCAGAUGAUGUAUCAAACAUAGAGAAGCCUAUAGGCAUACCUGGUGUAAUUGGUCAAAGUACACUACCAGCAACUAAGUGUACAGUACAUGAACAAGAUGACGGAACAAUAGUUUCUAUAUGUGCUACUGGUACCUCAUCAAGAGAUUCUCUUCUAUCCUGGAUAAGACUACUGGAGAAAUAUGGAAACCCACUACUGUCAAAAAUACCUGUGAUCUUCACAUUAACAGCACCCUCUACUGAUGUAUCAUUACAGGAAACUCAGCCAGCUAUAAAAGAAAGCAAAAUAGCAACUAGUUAACAGAAUUUAAAAUUUUAUUGCUUAAAUGUU